AUGGUAACCGACACCUUAUUUAGAGCACCUCCUAAAAGUGAGGAUAAUAUCAGCAGAGAUCAACACACGACCUCAUCUCAAUCGAAUAAUAACUACCAACAAUCACAAUCAUCGUUCCCAAAUAUGUAUACAACUACAACCGAACCUUUUCCAGCAGAUACAAGGAGUAACACAGCGACGGCAACUCAAUCAGCAACAGCAACCACAACUCCAAUAAAAAAAGACAUUACAUGUAUUCCACCUGCUUUCUUUGUUGGAAGUCAAGAGCCUGAAGAUGCAAAUGAAAUCAAGCUAGACAUGACAAGAUCGGUUUCAAUUGGGUAUGGUGAUCGUAGACUUUCAAGAGUCAUCCCCGAGCCUACAUCCGCUGCCGAAGCAAAAGAAGUGAAAGAGCCACCAAGAACGACUGUUGCUGAAUUUGUAGACCCCAACCGUGGAUUAUUUGGUGAUGGUAUUGUGCAAAAAAAAAGACGAGUACCUGCUACAAAUGACCACUUCGAUAACUCUAAGAAAACUGAAUACUCUACUUGUACUAUUCGUGUGUUUGGAUACCCCUUAAAUCUUACACACAAUAUUAUCAAUCAUUUCAGUCGAUAUGGUACUAUUCGUGAUUAUGAACAAUCAGCUUCAGGCAAUUGGAUUUCCAUUACAUAUGCUAGCGACCUUUCAGCCGUAGCUGCACUCAAAAGCAAUGGUACAAUUAUUUCUAAAAACCACCUCAUCGGCGUGUGUCUAGAGCCAGAAUCAGAACAACAAAAUGAUUCAAACAGGAAUAGCAGCGGCAUUAACACCAGCACUACUUCUACUACUGAUACCUCUCUAAAAGGCGAUAGCAAAACAGAAGACAAAGAAUCGCACUCAAUAAUGAAAAUUCAAGAAGGUAUCAAUUUGUAUAAGACAGAUUUAAAGAAAGCUAAUGGUCAGUACACACUGGGUAGUGGCAAAGUUGGCAUCAGCGCGAAAAAGAGUAAGUCUUUGACAAACGAUUUACUUGGAAAAAUGAAAGAAUAUGUUUUUGGAUGGUAG